AUGCCGCCGCCGCCGCUGCUGUUCCUGUUGCUGCCGCUGUUGCACCUUUGCGGCUGGCGGGUGCGGGACGCGGCGGGCUCGUGGCCAGCGGAGCCGGGGCGAAGAAGGGAGGACGAGGCGGCGCUGAGCUUCCAGCUGAGCCGCGAGCCGCUGCGGAAAGUCAGCCCGUUUUUCCUCUCCGUCACCCUCGACUCCAACCUCAUCACCGACCCCAAGUACAUCACCUUCCUCGGUUCUACAAAACUCCGUACAUUGGCAAGAGGCUUGUCUCCUGCCUUUUUGAGAUUUGGGGGCACCAAAGGAGACUUCCUGAUCUUCGAUCCUCAACAGAAGCCAACACCUGAAGAGAAGAUUUUUCAGGAUUUCCUUAGAAAACAAGCAACGGUGGACUUCUGUGCAUUCAGAUCUGCCCCUUUGGACUUCAUAGCACAAUUGCAGUCUCAGUGGCUUUUUGAGCAGAAGCUCAUCUUCCGGGAACAAGUAAAGAACAAGUAUAAAAACAUCACAUUUACAGAAAGCACACUGGACAUUUUAUACAAUUUUGCAAAUUGCAGUAAUUUACACCUGAUCUUUGGCCUCAAUGCCUUAUUACGGACAGGCAGUUCCCGGUGGGAUAGUUCAAAUGCUCAGCAGAUUUUGAAUUAUACUAAUUCCCAGAAUUACAUCUUGUCUUGGGAACUUGGAAAUGAACCUAACAGCUUUUUGCACAAGUCAGGAAUAGAAGUCAACGGCCAACAACUCGGUCAAGAUUUCGUACAACUCCGGCAGCUUCUGAACAAUUACAUCCACUACAAAAAUGCCAAAAUUUACGGUCCCGACUUAGGAAGAUCAAGUCGGAAGCACAGUAAAAUUUUGCUUAAAAGUUUUCUGAAGUCAGGAGGCAAAGUGCUUGACUCUGUCACGUGGCAUCAUUACUAUAUUGAUGGACGAAUUGCCACGAGACAGGAUUUCCUGAAUCCAGAUAUACUGGAUAGCUUCAGGACCAAUGCAGAGGAAGUGCUUGAGAUUGUGAAUAGCACAGUACCAGACAAGAGUGUGUGGCUGGGAGAAACAAGUUCAGCUUUUGGAGGUGGAACGCCUAAUUUGUCUAAUGCGUAUAUUGCUGGUUUUAUGUGGCUGGACAAGCUUGGACUGUCAGCCCAACUGGGCAUUGAUUUAGUGAUGAGACAGGUUUUAUAUGGAGCAGGAAACUACCAACUGGUGGAUGCCAACUUUGAACCUUUGCCAGACUAUUGGCUAUCCCUGUUGUACAAGAAACUGGUAGGCCCCACAGUUCUGCAUGUUGCCAUAACAGGAUUAGAUCCAAAGAAACUUCGUGUGUAUCUUCACUGCACAAAUACGCAACACCCGAAGUACAGAGAAGGUGACAUCACUUUAUUUGCCUUAAAUCUCUACAACAGCCCCAAGCGCCUUUACGUACCAACUUACUUUUCCAAGAAGCAGAUAGAUGAGUAUCUUUUGCUACCUUACAGAGAAGAUGAUUUACUUUCCCGGUCUGUUCAGCUGAAUGGCUUUCUCCUAAAAAUGCCCAAUGAUGAAACGCUACCAAUUUUGCAAGAAAAUCCCCUUAUUCCUGGGCACAGCCUUGACCUCCCAGCUUUCUCAUAUGGAUUUUAUGUAAUAAGAAAUGCCAAAGUCUUGGCUUGCAUUUAGUAAGUUAAUACACAUUUUGUAAGCCUGGAAGACAAAAGGUUUUAUUGAGAUUGACCACUUCAGCCCAGAGAAAGAUGAAAUGUUUUAAUAGCAUUUGUAUUUUCCCCCAAACACAUGUUCAUUUUUUCCCCUUUGUACAAGUUAGUAAAACUUUUUAAUUUAAAAAAAAAUCCAUUCAAAAAUUCAUAAACAUUUUGUAAAAAUGAAAAGUCUAUAUUU